AAAAGCCAUCAUCGCACAUCGCCACUGCUGGCGAAUGUUCUCUUUUUCUGCACUCGACUCUUGCUUGCAUUGCAGCAGUAUAGCGAAAAGCGAAUUUGAAACUCUCGAGUCUGGUCGUCGUCGCCCCAUCCGUUCGUGAAAAGAUAGCCAGUGCAAAGAAGAGCAAGUGUGUGCUUUUCGCGAUUUCGGUGGUAGAGGAAAAAGACAUUAAAUUUUAGGUUUUGCGUACGGUGUGUUGUGCGAAUUUUUUUUUCCAUUUUCGCCUGGUCGGAACUAGGCAGAGAGCAGAAAUUUCACGGCGAAAAUGAGCAGAAUGUUUCGAUUGACUCGCAAAAGAAGAACUCGUUCGAAUCAGUGGGUGCAAGAAAAAGAAGAAGCAGUUUUGGAGCUGCAGCAAAUAAAGUGAAGACUAUACUGUUCAAUAAUCAGGAGGGGGGUUAGUGUAGAGAAAAGGAAAUUUUUUGAGACCCCCGUAUACCUCGUACUACCAAGAGACACAAACACAUUCAUAGAUCGGGAAUCGCGGCCGUGUCGGUCAAAAGCCAGCCUCAAAAGUUCUGUAGCCGUGUAACGUCGAAGUGAGUCGUGUGCAUGUGGUUGUGAGUAAUAAGUCGGGUGCGUGCAAUAGUGUGCGUACGUACGGUGACAUUUUCUUUUUUUCUACACAAUCAUCGCAGGCAGCAGCGAUUUCGUUCGCGAUCUUUCAUCGUUCCAGAGAAUUUUUAUUUCGAAUUUCGCGGAAAUUGCUAUUCAAGAAGAAGUGAAGAAAGAACUCGUGGAAAAUGUGAACCGCGGAAAGGCGGAGGUCUGUGAGUGAAGUGCGAACCUUUUUCAGACAUGACGUCCUGCCAGCAGCAGUCGACUUGGUUUCACAGCGAGACGGAAUAGUUAAGGAAGUUUUUUUUUUGGUUCUAACUGGAGGAAGUUCAGUGCCCGAGGGAAGUUCUCCUCAUAGCUAUUCAUGAUAGGAUAGUCGUUCGAGGAGAAGAAAAGUCGGGCCAUUCCGAAAAGAAAUCUGCGGCCCAUUUUUAGUCGUUUUUUCUUUCUCUUGAUUUUGGGAUUCCAAAGUGAAAGCACAGUAAAGAAAACGAAGCAAUCGAAUAGUGGUAGCCGUACGACAAGUGGAAAAAAGGAAGCUCUGCCACUCCGGAUAUAAUUUUUCUUCGCUUCACGCUCGCCAACAUGGCUCCGUCUCCGGAGCUCGGGGGCCAAAUCAAGGCCCCCGACAAGUCUGGAGCGGAAGCAACAAAUAUCGCGACUGGUAGCGCAACGCCGGAAACGAGCCCACCCACAGCAACAGCAGCUACCGGCAGUAGUGGCAGUAGCACUUCGCAAACGUCCUCAUCGUCUUUCGGAAUACGACAAUUAUUCACAGCCGCUGCCAACAGCUCCUCCGUCACCACGGGAGUAACAGCGGUGUCGGCUGUACCAAAUUCUACGUCAGCUUCGGCUAGUUCCAGUGUGGCUACCGGUACCGGUUGCUCUUCGACGGGAGUAGCUGCUACGGCCACAGCAGCAUCCCAGCAGGAUACCAGUAAGAUCGAUAACAUGGCGGAGAGUGAUCUCAAAGCGCUUCUGGAGGAAGCCAUUACCUACAAACGUCCGAAGGACCGGGAGCACAAAAGUGCAACGUUCAAUGAACUUCUCAGCAAGACAGAGAUGGAAGACCAGGAACAAAACUUUUCCUUCACCAGCCGUGCUGUGCAAUCCAAGCGUGCCUCGGGUCGACCCACGCAGGGCGGCUCGCUGCAGGACCUCCAGGAGGCCAGUCUGUAUGAUUACUACUACUCCGAGUUCCCCUUCGCAACCGAGUACUACACAAACCUGGGCGGCCUGGGAGUGACGACAUCUCGGCGGCAUCAUGGCAGUGGCAGCUCGGGGGCCAGCGUCGGUCCUGGCGGAGGAGACCGGGUAACGAAUCCCCGGCAGAAGAAGUACACAAGCUCGGUUUCAUCCCGGCAGCGGGAGGGCGGAAGCCUCCCAAGCAAUGUCAACAUAGAGUAUCCGUUUUUUAAUGAAGUCGGACAUCAUCAUACUACCGGAACGAUUACCAAAUUCAAAAAGCGGGACGGAGGAGCGAAAAGCGAUUACGGUACCAUGUUGUUGCCGGCUCCGUUGACCAGCGCCGCAGCGGCAGAGCUUAUUAGUGCCGUGGCGGAAGCUGCCGGUAGUCCAGGACUGUGUGGUGGGAUGAAAAAUACCGAAUCUCAGCUAAUUGAUGGCUGCGGGGGUGUCAUGGGCACAGGACACACCGUCAUCGAUAUGGGAGAGCUGGAAUCUGACGAGACGCAGCAUCUGCUGGCACACGAUGCACUGCAACAGAACCUAUACGAUUCGGGUCUGGAUGAGUUCGAGGGAAGUGGCACUGAUCUGUAUGGAAGCAGCACGACUACCAGCGGUGGCAGCAGCACAACCGGCGGUGCCGGCAGUGGCUGCAGUGCAUUGAAAAAGAUUCCGCGCUUCCCAACAGCGAGCUACACUAGUCAUGCCAAGCUGGAAAUUGGCGAACCCUCAUCCACGGUUCGACCGUCGUCGGUUCACCAUGUCGAUAAGACCGUGUCUCUGCCCAUGCUGGAAAGCAACAAGAGCGUCGAUAUUACACCAAUCCAACUCGGAUCAAGCUAUCAGGCAGUCAAAUGUUUCGUAUCGAGCGACAGCAGCAAAAGUGAUCAAGCGAAGCACGUGAUGAUGGGCACGAUCAGUUCCAACAACACCAAAUACAUCUCGACGCAAAGCUUCAAUCAGAUAAUUUCGCAGAAAUAUCUGGACGAAAAUGGGAACUCGGUGCAACAGUUUGGGGGAUCCGGUUCCUCCUCGACUGGUGGCGGUGGUGGAAGUGGUGUUUGUAGUAGCGGCAGUGGGGCGAUUGGUACCACUAGCUCCACUCUGGGUGGGUCUGGUGGCGGCAGCGGAGGAACGGGCAAGAAAAGCCGCAAACAGCCUAAGUCGGAUCGGAACACGGUUCUGGUGAUACCGGAGAAUAUCGAGGGCUACCGAGGCAAAGAUACAGACAUCGAGUCGCUGGUUUGCUACAUCGAGAAUAAAAAUAAACAGAAAGAAGGAAAGGGUGGAGGUGCAUCCGGCGGAGGGGGUGGCAGUGGAGCAAACCCUAAAAAUGGAACGCUGCUUAAGGUGGGUGCUAGUAAUAGUGGCGGUGGUAAUGCCAACAGCGCUUGCAGUGUGGAGAAUGGCGUUCCGGAAGAGAAAGUUCCGAAGAAAAAGAGCGAUAAAAAGAAAGAGAAAGCAAAAAUAAAGAAGAGCAAUUCCCUGGAAGAGCUGAGCAGCUGUAGCAGAAAGAAGCAACAGGCCGAAGAAGAAGAGAAUACUCAGCAGCAAAAUCACACGGUAGAACAGCAAGCAGCUUCCAGGGUGGUGCAAGAUGCCGAUUCGGUUGUAACUUUGCGAAACAAUAAGGGUAGCAAAAAAGCUCAAAAUAAUAACGGCGGCACUGGAAGUGUGGUUUCUUCAAGUUCUUCGGCUUCGUCGACUACAUCGUCACAAUCUUCAAAGGAAACCCCGGCGAAUAAUAGCAAAAAGGGUGAGCAAAAUUUGUGGGGAAUGCAGGCGCUUAAGUUUUUAGAGAGUAGAAACAAACAGAUAUCCUAUGUUAGUGCGAGUGAGAAAUCGGAAGAGAAACCACCACCCAAGAAAGAAAGUAAAAAAGAAGCCAAAGAUAGUGCGGAAGUGGCACUCCCUACCUUUAAUCCCGGUAAAAAGCGUGAUUCGUUACGUAUGUCGGUAGAGUCUCUGUCGGCAGUUAGUGCAAGCGGAGGAACAGAAACAGCCGAGUUUCAUGUAGUGACCAAAAAGAAAAAGAUGAAGAAAAAGUCACAAAGUUUGUUUACCGAAGAAACGACCACAGCAUCUGUCGGCACAAACAUAACGAACAGACGGAAUCUGACAGCUAGUCAAAGCUACAGCAUGGGAGGUUCCAACAACAGCCGAAACACGAAUAUGACAGGGCGGUAUCAGGCCAGUCAUAACUUUACCAACGAUCGCGAUGUUUACAUGAACUCGCUGGCCAAUGACGUGUCGCGAAGAAAAUCAACCUCGUCGAUGCCACCAUCCGAAAAGUCCGACUCCAGUGAUGCUGACUCGGUACAGUCGCUUCCGAUCGAACCAUCGCGGAAGCAGCAACAGCAAAGCGGUCAAUCUAACCGCAAUCAAUCCGGAGCGGGCGUUCCGCAGUCUUACGCCGAUAUUGCCCGGAUUCCAAAUGCUGACAAAAUGAACAACAAUCUGCUCGGAAGCAGCACAAGCAAUAGCACGUCUCCGUUGGAUAGUUCCAGCGUUGAUAAGUGGCCACCGGUGCAGGCCACCAGUGAAGACCUAGCUCAAGCACUUAAAUCAUCUUCUGCUUUCCCUGAACUAGUCUCCGAAUCAUCGCUGCCACAAUCACAGCAUCCACAGCAGCAGCAAUAUCAACAGCAUCAGUAUGUGAAUAGUAGUGUUAAUAGCGUUAGUAGUAACAAUCUAGGUAACAGUAAUAAAGCGACUUACUCGCAGAGUCUCCUGAUAGCAGCGACCACCAAAGCGGAGGAGGAGGAGUUUGUCAAGCACAGAACGGUCCUGGCUGCGUCUGCAGCAACAGCACCAGCAACCGUGGUCUGUGCAAAACUAGUUAGCAAUGUAAAUAGUGAUCCGAUGGUCAACAACAGCAGUAGUAUCAAUAGCAACUGCAAUAUCAGCAGCAGUAGUAGUAGUAGCAGCAGUAGUAACAGUAGCAACAGCAGUUCGAAGUUGGCGUUGCACAAAUCGAAAAGUGUCGAUAAUACUGACAUCUAUUACUCUAAUGAACACUAUCCGGCACUAGAAAAGACUGUCAAACCGGCAAAGAUAACUCCCAUGUUUACUUCCAGUAACAAUAGCAGUGCCGUCAGUCUGCAAGAACCGAAACCAUUUGUCAUUGGAAAAACAAGCCCAGCGAACACCGUGACUGGUCAGCCCCCGAAUUCGACCUUAAAUCCUGUGUCGACACCCACAGUGAUUCCUAUUUCCUACAACAGCGCAAACAAUAACGCUCUGCCCGGUGCCAAAAAAUCGAAGAAAAAGGAAUCAUCAAACAUGAUUACUAGUGUGUCUUCUUCCGUUACUCCCAGCGAAGUGGAAUCGAUAAACAACGCCCGGAAUGUUGCCCCAUACCAGACAACAUUGGACUUAGUGAACAAUAAUCAGGUACUGAUCGAAAACAUCGACAUUGACUACAGUCAAAACAAUGGAUUGGUCGACCGAAGUCCGAACGGAGCGUUGAAUCUGCAGCAGCACCCGCAGAGCACUCCAAAGAAUCACAAUAGUAGCAACACUAGCGCCAGCUCUGUUUCCUCCUCGAAUGCAGUAGCCUCCUCGAAGCGAAGCAAGAAGGAGAAAUCUACCUCCCAGCAAACAACCGCCACCUUGCAGCAGUCACAAUAUCCGACGCUAAAUUUAAACUCUACCAAUGCAGCUGCCAAUGCUAAUGCGACUGCCAACUCGACGAACCAUCGUCCAGCUGUGAUUAUCAUGAACGACAACAACGAAGCGACUGGACCGAAACACGAAUUCACUUUCGGUUUUGAUAUUGACCAAGAGCUGCUCUUUGGCGACUUCCAGGAGGAGGAAAUGAGCAUGAUGGACCAACCACAUCUCCAGCAGCAGCACCAGUCGAUGCAACAGUACCAUCACUAUCACCAGCAGAAGCCUUCUUCACAUCAACAACAGAUGCAUCACAACAGCAGCGGCAGCACCGAAAAUGUUCCUUCCCCGGCGAGCAACACAUCUAUCCAGUCAACCGAUCUCGGCUACAGUUCGAUGCAGCAAUCAUCUCUUUCGAUUUCGUCGCCUUCUUCUAGUUCGUCGCAUCAUAGCCAACAACAGCAACAGCAGCAGCAGCAACAUCAUUAUCACAAUCAGUCACAGCAUCAACAAUCACAACCAGACACGUACGAAGCGUUGAACAACUCGACUGACCCUGACACCUACCGGGACAGCAUCGAGCACAGAUUCCACCAACCACCGCCAUCGAUGGUGCUUCCUCCGGCACCUCUUUACUCACAACCGCCGCCGCAGCUUCCUCCACCACAUGUGCUAGCCGCUCAACAACAGCAGCAGCAGCAACAGCAACACCAAUCACGACAACCUCACUCCAGCAGCAACAACAAUCACUAUAACCUCCCGCCACCGUCAGUCAUUCCGGGCCACCACAAUCUACAGCAGCAGCCUCCGCCAACACUGCCCGCUAAGCAGGACAGCGCAACCAACACACCACCAGCAAUGGUAGUGUCGGCCACUUCACCACCGGCAAUCAUAACUGUUCCACCACCUCCGCUGCCACCGGCUGCUAUCGUCACGACAGCACCCAUUCCGACGGUGGUAGCUCAACAGCCGGUUCCGGUUGUAAUCCUUCCGGCUGGACCUCCACCACCAUCGGUGAACAUUUCAGUCAACACCAACACGACCGGUUCGACCGGCAGCAAUAGCCCUGCCGCUGUCAGCAGCAAUACUAGUCUCAUCAAUCAGUCGACAGCGAGCAGUGGUAGCAACAGUAGCAUCAGCUCGAUAGCCUCUCAACAGGAACCGAAACAGCAGCGGGAGUUGCAAAGUGUGAUGCAGGCGGUGGCAACGCCGAACGCGCCUGUUCAGCAGCAACCCGUCCCAGUGCAGGUUUGGGAGAAGGUGAAAGAGAUUAAUCUGCGAUUCAUCGCGCCGGAGCAGCUGCAGACCAAUCACAACCACGAUAAGAUUGUGAAUUUCGUCGGAAUGGCUUGGGAGGACAUCAUCUGUGUAGGCAGCGCCAAGUACUACGACGGACAAUAAGCUUAUGUACGCCAGUACAGCAUAGAAAAAAUCAAUGGAAGCGAAACAAAUGAUGCGGGUUCAUCCACGCAGAAAAAAAAAAUCAUUAAUGACAUCAACACAGAUAACGCGCGGACUGAGACGAAAACAUGAAUGCCAGAAUCAAUACCAUUAACAGGUAGCAGGAAAAUGCAAGACUAAAUCGAGCAGCAACAAGAAUCUAUGUCAUUGUAGGAAUAGAAAAAAAAGAUGGAAGAAAGAAAAAAAGAAUCAAACAAUACCUAAUGCCAAGCAUUAACAAAAAACGAAACGAGAAAAAGUCACAGCUAGGGAAACAAAUGCGUACACGUGUGAUAAUACUAUCGAGCAGCGCAACGUUGGGAGUGGUGAGGGUGGGGAUUAACACACAUACAUAAACAUAACCAGAAAGUGACACACACACGCGCAGUGUAGAUCCACUGUUACUUUGCUUUUCAAUGAGUUUCUUCUUCUCUAUAGUUUUAAGCAAUAGAGCUCACAGCUCUGCCAGUUAUUACCAAUAGCCAAUGUAAAGUAGUAUCCAAUCAACUGCGAAGCGGAAGGUGCAAACGGUUUCUUCCUACACAGAAAAUGUCGCCGCUCAUCGCCGUUGACAUUGCUGAGUGGAUGGAUAGUUGUUCGCUAUCAAAAAUGCCUGCCUGUCUGCAAGUCUGUUAAUCUAUCUUGUUUUCGUGUGAAAGAAAAAAAAGUAUACAUUUGAUACAAGCCAUCGGGGCAAAUUGUUGUACAUUAUUUAGGCGGAGGAGAGGUUGAGAUUUGAGUUGGUCAUAGUUACAGAAAGAGUGAGAGAAAGAUGUUUGGUUGCUUGCUUUAGUUAACUCUUAUUAAUAUUAUUAACAUAUUGUUUAUUUUAUUCAAGAUUCUUUAGUUUGUUUUCCGUUUUUUAUUGCCUAUUGUUCCGGGAAGAUUUAGCAUGGCACUUGAACGAAAGAGUGAAUGUUUGAGUAGGUUUAGGGCCAAUUUGCGUAAUAGUGAGGAUAAAUGAGUGAAAGAAACAGUUAAUAAAGAAUAUCAGUUUUUCUGUAAGUUUAAACAAAGGAUAUCACUAAGCUUAGUCACUGUAUAGAGAGCAAGUGCGUGUGUGCGCCCGCGUAAUGUAAACAAGAUCGAAAAAAAGAGAGAUAAAAAGUGUCCCAUAACACCUAAUGUGAUUUUUAGUAACUAAUAAAUGGUAGGCAAACAAGAAAAAUUAACACGCAAGGACCGAUAAAGGAAAGAGGUUCGUUUCCACUGAGCACCCCUCACCACCGACGUGUCUCUCCUUGCAGAGAUGGGCGCCCUGCAUCCUCAUCGCGAGGCGCGUGAGAAGGAAAUAUAAUUUAAACCAUAAAAACAUAGAGGAAACAAGGACUGCUGCAGCUUCAAAACUGUAUCAAAGUUACUGACUGUAUUUAAGAAUAUAUUAAAAGAAAAGAAAAAAUAAAUUAUAUUUAAAGAAAUGAGAGGAAACAUAGAAUGCUUACAUAUUUAGUAUCUAGUAGCAAAGAAAAUUGAAGGAAAAACCGAUGCUGGUAGCAAGGGAUGCUGCGCAGCAGAAGCAAAACCAAGUGAGAAAACGUAAGAAAGCGAGUGAAAAUACAACGGCGAAGAACGAUCCCUUAGAUAGUUUCGGAAUAAAAAUUAAAAAAAAAGUUAAGGAUAAAUAUUAUUUCUACUAGCAAACGCUGUGAAAGGAGUAAACUAAUUACACCACCAUCGUCAUGCGGAGUGAAUGCACUCAUCAUCCUUCCAACGCAUAAACACCAGAUGAUUAUUUGUGGGGUUCGAGUAUAUCACAGGCGUAGCUUCAGAUCUGUUUCCGUUGAAAUUUGUUCUUCCAAACUCCUACCCAAAAAUUCAAUUAGGUCUGAAAUGAAAAAAAAACUGAUUUCGAGCGAUGAGCCUUAUAAUUUCAUAAGUUAAAUUUAUCUUCGAUAAAACAUUUACUCUAGAAUAUCAUAAUUUGAAAGAUGUGCUAUCGCAGACAUAAAAAAACGUCAUCCAUGUCAUACUCCGCAAUGCGAUUGUGUUGUGAACUAGAACCUACACUCCGCAUGGUAUCUUUCGGUGAAACGACUAACAGGCUCAUUGUGUUCGUUAUCGUAGUAUCUAUUGCCAUCUCUUCAUAAUCAUCAUCGCUCACCAUCGUUAGCCGGCAAAUUUCAGUGUGUGCAUGUGUUAAUAAAAAAAUGAGCAAAAAUAGGAUUCGAGUAAAAAUGUAUAUUUUUCCUGUUGUUGAUUUCUAUUAUAAGAUUAAUUAGCGUGUGAGUGUGUUUGUAUAUGAAUGUGAGCCUGAGGAGAGCGAGAUAUAACAACGGGAAAAGUCGUGUAAUAUGUUAUUGUUUCGUUCCUUUUCUCUGCUUUGGAAAAAAGGAAGCAAAAACAACUAGAAAAGUGAAUCGAUAUAAUUCUAUAUAUAUAUACAAACGUGCCCCAAAUCAACCGUGAAAUAAGUUAAUAAUUUCCAAGGAAAUCCGGGGUAGAAGUUUAGUUUAACGAUCAAAAUGAAAAAAAUAUAUAUAUCGAAACGUAAGCGCGAUAAAAAAUGAGCAAAAAUACUUUUGUUAAAUAAUUAAUAAGUCGAAAUUGCGAGAAUGAGAGAGCGUGUUGUGGUACGAGACGGUUGCGAGGACAUUCAAAGUAGCGUGCGCUUGUCGGUGUUUUUCUUCCUUCUCUUUCUGUUCAGCCGAAGAAUAGGUGAACUUGUGGGCGUGGCUUGUCGUUGAGAGCGAGAGGUUGCAAAUAUUUAUUAAGAGCAAUGAAAAGAUUUCGCGAAUUCCGAAAGAUGUUUCGGAGCGUUUUGCUGCUUUAGCGCAAAUAGAUGUCAGAGCAUGCGAGUGAGCGAACGAAAGAGAUAAAUGCUUUCGAUGGGCAAAUGUGAUUAACUUAUGUAUAUUGAAAAGCUAAUAUUAACUCUAUGCGAGCAAACGAAAAAAAAAGAACCUAGCAGAGUGUGUGAAUCAGGAAAAAAACGUUAUUAAUUUGUAUUGUACUAAGAAAAGAAAUAAAUCGCGUGUGUUCAGUGUAAAGAGCAUGAGCAAUUGAGCAUGUAGGAAUGAAUCGAUUCGCUCGAAGACUAGGGGAGCCAAAGGCGGAAAAUCCUGAGUAUGAAAGGGUCGGAUGAUGGUCAAUCGCAAAUGUAGAGAGGGUCGAAACAAUUCACGAAAAAAAAACAAGUCAACAACAACUGGUGUAGCACAUUGUGCUAUGACAGUGGGAAAAAUAUUCGAGGAUUUCACGCUAAGUUGAGUGUGAGAGAGCGAAACAAAAAAUCCGCAACAGCUGCUAGCGCGUGAAUCACACAUACAUUAUAAAUGGAGCAAGUGAAGCAGCAAGGCAAAACAAGCAAGGACAGUGUAUGUUGCAUCUAAAUUUAGGGAAAACGAGGAAAUUAAAUUCAGAAAAUGAAAUGGAAGACCGAAGAAUGUUUUUAAUUUAUGUUUGUAAAUUAUUAUUGAGAAAAAGAGAAAAAAAUAAUAAAACAGAAAAAUACAA